AUGCAGAAAAUCAGUGAGGACAUCAUUGAACUUAAGAGCACAAUUAAUCAACUAGAUAUCGCUGACAUCUGCAGACGACAUCAUCCAACAAGAGCACAUUACACAUUCUUCUCAGUUCAUAAAAAAAUCAGAGGGGAAGAAGAGGAGGAGGAAGAGAAACUAGAGGGUGAGUACGGGCCCCACAUAAGCCUAGAUGUCUACAGGGAGAGCGAGCAGGGUGUGGUGGCUAAAGGUGUCUGGGAUCUCUCCGGCGCGGUGCAGGCCCGCCGCACGGGGGCGCUGUUUGCACAGGCUGCGGGAAUGGCACCGGGAGCCCCGGGGCCAAGGAGACUCCUGCGGUUGCCAGGUGUCACGGGGCGGGGCUGGAGGUGCAAGUGCGGAGUCCCACUGCAGGGAGCUGGGGGAGCCAAGGGGCGGUGGGGAAGUGGCACUUGCGAUGGGGAGUGGCACCGGGAGGAGCCAUUAGCCGUGAUGGAGUGGGUGGCCCUGCACUCCGAGGGUGCGAUGGCCGGGUUGUGGGGCGCGCCGGGCGGGACCCUGAAGGGCAAUGGCAGCACGCUGCUCAAUGACUCUCAGCGGGCGCCCGGAGGCGGGGAGGGCGCAGACCCGCGACCCUCAUGGGUGGCCUGCACCCUUGCCUUCAUCCUCAUCUUCACCAUCGUAGUGGACGUCCUGGGCAACCUCCUGGUCAUCCUGUCCGUGUAUCGGAACAAGAAGCUGAGGAAUGCAGGAAAUAUAUUUGUGGUGAGCCUUGCAGUUGCAGACCUGGUGGUAGCUGUUUACCCCUACCCCUUGGUGCUGACAUCUAUAUUUAACAAUGGAUGGAACCUGGGCUACAUGCACUGCCAAAUCAGUGGUUUCCUGAUGGGCCUCAGUGUCAUUGGCUCCGUCUUCAAUAUCACUGGAAUUGCCAUUAACCGUUACUGCUACAUCUGCCACAGUCUCAAGUACGACAAGCUGUACAGUAACAAGAAUUCCCUCUGCUACGUGUUCCUGAUAUGGACGCUGACGCUUGUGGCGGUCAUGCCCAACCUGCGUACUGGAACCCUGCAGUAUGACCCAAGGGUCUACUCCUGCACCUUUGCACAGUCUAUCAGUUCAGCAUACACUAUAGCUGUGGUGGUUUUCCAUUUCAUAGUUCCCAUGACAAUAGUCAUCUUCUGUUACCUAAGAAUAUGGAUCCUGGUUCUUCAGGUCAGACAGAGGGUGAAACCCAACAAUAAACCCAAAAUGAAACCACAGGACUUCAGCAAUUUUGUCACCAUGUUUGUGGUUUUUGUCCUUUUUGCCAUUUGCUGGGCUCCUCUCAACUUCAUUGGUCUUGCUGUGGCUUCAGACCCUGCCAGCAUGGGGCCCCGGAUACCAGAGUGGCUCUUUGUGGCCAGUUACUACAUGGCAUAUUUCAACAGCAGCCUCAAUGCAAUCAUAUAUGGGCUACUGAACCCAAAUUUCAGAAAGGAAUACAGAAGGAUUAUAGUCGCACUGUGUACAGCCAGAAUAUUCUUUGUGGAUAUUUCAAAUGAUGCAGCACGUAGGGUUAAGUGCAAACCCUCUCCAUUAAUGACCAAAAAUAACCUAAUAAAAGUGGACUCUGUUUAA